AUGUCGUUACGUUUUUUAAUAUUUAUUAUAUUAUUAUUCAAAGAAAUUACUUUUGCUGCUGAAAGUUGUACUUUUGUGGCAGGAAGAGUAUUAUGUCGGCAUAAUCAAACUCGUGUUAUAGGAACCAACGUUGAAUUAUGGGAUGAAGAUAGUGUUGGAUUUUUGAAAUUUUUUGAUCCAGAUGAUAGAGUUACAAUAUUUACAAUUCAAAAUGAAGAUGGGUUAUUUGAUAUAAGUGGUUGUGCAAGUGAUCAAAAUUGGUUUUAUAAUUUACCAAAUAGACCAGAAUUCUUUCUUAAAGUUAUGCAUAAAUGUAACUCUGAUAAACCAGAACUAUUGGUUAUUAAACCAAGUUUUCAAAUCUUUGUACCAGAAAUGUAUGAUUAUCACAUUGAACAUCCAAUAAUUUUAGACUAA